UAUUGUUAGUUCCCUGUGUUCGUAGCAUUAGUUCUAGUUUUCCUGACUUCCUGACCUGGUAGCCUGACUUUGUGGUGCUCCCAUUGUAGGUAUGGCGUAACGUUCUCUUCUGAGAACACCCGUUGACAGAUAUACCUGGGUCACCUCGGAUGUGAAGGGUAUGCCUUCACAAAUGACAUUAGAGGAGCUCACGGAGUUCUGUCUUCGCGACUAGCUGUGCGGGGGUUGUGACAAGGAAGGACGCUACGAAGUAUUCAUCCCUGUCGAUCACGAACGCAUAUGCCAAAUCGACCUCAACACCCUAUGAAUUGCCGACUGGAUGUGGGUUUAUAAAGCGAUGUUCACCGUCUUGGGGGUUCGAAUCCCUUUCUCCUCUUUCUAGAUGGCCCUUUUAAAUCGGUGCGCGUGGCCCCGUCGCAGUUGUACUCGAACAGUUGGGCCGCAAUUUGGUGCUUUGAGAUGGUAUGUGAAUACCUGGACUUGCCGGCCUCCGUGGAGGUGUUUCUUUGGUUAUUUAUUUUAACAAAUCUUUCUAAAAAGGGGAGAUAUAAGAAUGGGUUUAUGUCAUUCCGAGCUGCCCAGGGCAGAUGGAUUUUCGGGACCUUCGAGGAUUCAUUUUAUGGUUUUAAGGACAAGUAAUUCAAAGUCCGACCUGCCGAAGGAGUGCAUCCUUUUUGGUUAACCUUGGGGGGUGAGCGGCGGAUCCCGACCUACUGGAGCUUCGGGGCCGGGUCCAUGCUUUUACAAAAGUAACCUACAAGGGCCUGACUCAGCGGGACAAGGACAUCGUUGAUGUGUUGCUGGCCAUCUUUAAUAAAAGUAAUCUCAACCCCCAUCUCUUAAUGGGUGAUCGAGAGACGGGUAGGAGCUAUGUAGUGAGCAUGGCUGCCGAGCGCAUUGGUCUUGAAGAUUUAAUGGCCCAAUUUCUCCCUAAGGCAAGCAAAGAUAGUUCUGCGACACAUUCUGUCGAGCACUCGACUUCCCCUAGUGCCGAGGUGCAUUCGGCUCUUCCUCCACCGAAAUCUGCCGGCCCAAUUGUUACGGCUGGUUCGAGCAGCAGUGGAGUGGUGCCUCUUGAGGCCGAGCCGGCUGGAAGGGGUUCUGAUGUUGCGAUUAUCGACAACCCUCGUAAGUGGAAGUCGGCCUUUAGUCCUGAGGGGUCACUCACUGUGAUGGAGAAGAAUUUUGACAUCGGGGGCUUCAUUGACUCGACUCGUGUCUGGUACCGACGAGUUCUUUCCUAAUGGGGAUUUUUGCGUUUAGGCUCGAUGGAUGUACCGAUGUAUGUUAAGGGCUGCAACAAUUGCUAGGAAAGCUGAGCGUAUCCCGACUUAAGCUAGGACGUUGGAUGGGAAGUACCGCCAAUCUGUUCGGGAGGUCGAGAGCUUGAGGUUAGAAGUUAAGACUUUAAAGGAGAAGUUAGCUGAUUCAGAUGGGAAGGUGAAGACCUCCGAUGAAGCGGUUGCCCGACUUACGGAGCUGGAGAUGACCCUGGAGUCCCAGCUCAAUGCCGCUCGCGGCGACACUUCUGCGGCCCAGGCUAAGGUUACGGCUUUGGAAGCCAAGCUUGUAUAGGUCGAGAAGUUGGCCAAGACUGCUAAGGAGGAGGCUGUCGGUCUGAAGGAAGAGGUUACCAAUUUGAAGAAGAAUAAGGAUACAGUGAAGAAGGCUAGGGAGGUGAUAAAUGGUACCAAUGAAGCGAUUAAAGGCCAAGUCAAACUGCUGUUUUCCGACUUUGACACUUCUGCAACUGGAGCGUUCAAGACUAUUUGGAAUGGUCAGAUUGUUGACAUCCUGAGAAAGUGAUGUAAUUUUAUUUGUUCGUCAUGUUAAACUAUGUAAUAGUCAGUGUAGAUCUUUUGAACUCAUGUAGUUUCUUUAACUGAUUCACCGUUUUGCUUAUUGGUAAUUGGUGGCUUGACUACCGUUUUUGUAA